AUGUUGCCUUCUUUGGCUUCGACUUGGCUAUCGCUACCUAGCCAUAGCUUUUUCUCUCUUUUCUUCUCUUGCCUCAUCUUGUGCUCCUUGUUCCUUGUCAAGCCCUCUUGCCACACUACUUCACAUUAG